AUGCAAAAGCAAGGCGUGCCAACACUUCCUCAUUCAUGGCUCUUCGGUCACCUUGCCCUGAUGGCCAAAUUCCGUCAGGAGCAUCCUCCAGAUGUGAACAUUUUUCAACUGCACUAUUGGUUCUUGAACGAGCUAGACCGGUUGUUUCCUGGAGAAAAGAUCGUGCCUCCAAUCAUCUACUUAGAUCUGUGGCCAUUUACUAGCUCUUCUUUACUCCUGAGUACACAUCCCGCAGUGUCGACACAAUUCACCCAAACCAGGAAUUUAAUCAAAGCCAAAGUACAUACCGACUUCUUGAAGCCACUCACCGAGAACAAGGAUAUAAUUUCGCUGCAUGGAGAAGAAUGGAAAUCUUGGCGAUCAAAGCUACAACCGGGUUUCAAUCGGCACAAUCUUAUGGUUCUGUUGCCAGACCUGAUGGAUGAAGUGGUGAUUUUUGUCGAUCUCUUGGGAAGUCUUGCCGGAAAGGAUGGGCAAUGGGGGGAAGUCUUCCGGCUUGAAGAAAAGACCAUGAACUUGACAUUUGAUGUCAUUCAUAGGGCUCUCACUGGCUCUCAACUGAAUCAACAAACCAGUUGCUCGGACACGCCACUGAAAAGCGCUUUGCUUGACCAAUUAGAUCAGAUGGGUCGAUCGGGUGCUAAUCCUGCACGGGGUUUCUUCCAUCUUCUGACACUCUUGCCAACAGCCAUAGUCAGAAACAAUCGUGUUAUGAACUCUGUCUAUGGGCACAAGAUUCAGGAGUGGCUCUCCGACGGCUCGCGCUCCAGGAACAUUCCAAGCAUCAUCGAUCGUACUUUGGAAAUCAUUGAUUUGGAAGGACCCCUCAAUGGCGACGGGACCAACCUGGCAGCGUUUGUUGAUGGCUUCACUAGCAAUCUGAAGGCACUGCUGUUCGCUGGUCACGACACCACGUCUACUACUAUCUGCUGGAUGUUCAAAGAACUGCAGGAUAACCCCGUGUGCCUUGAAAGACUCCGAGAGGAGCACGAUACUGUCUUCGGGACCGAGAUCGGAGCCUGUCAAGAAUUGAUCUUGAAUUCACCGCAUCUAUUGUACGCACUGCCUUACACUUUGGCAAUAAUCAAGGAAACUCUACGACUCUAUCCACUGGCAGCGACCAUGCGGCAAGGAAGCUCGGACUACUUACUUACCGUUCCAGGUUCACGCAUUAGGUACCCCACGGAUGGUUACGCGAUGUGGGAUGCUGUGCCCAUAAUUCAUUCGCGGCCAGAUGUAUGGAGACAAGCAGACAAAUUCCUGCCUGAAAGAUGGCUUGUCCCUGAAGGCGAUCCAUUGCGCCCUUCGAAGGAUGCUUGGCGGCCCUUCUCCUUGGGGCCAAGGAUAUGUAUUGGUCUGGAGCUUGCCCUUCUAGAGUUACGUCUCGUCCUGGUAUUUGUCGUUAGAAAGUUUGAUAUCGAGGAGGCAUGGACCAAAUGGGACACUAAGAAGUGA